AUGUAUGCAACCACUCGAGGCGGCCUGAGGGAUUUAUUGCAUCCAUACUACAUCGUGAACAUAUUUCUAAGCCUUCUGUACGUCUCCACGAAGACACUGCCAUUUAUUUGCGAUUUAAUGUAUGAACAUUGCGAAAUCGACUUUCAGGAGUACGAAAUGCUCAUAUGUCUUGCAGCUUUUGUAACCUUGCGCAACAAAAGGCAAUUUUCAAUCCCCGAUUACGUAGCUCACUUUUGCAUGUUUGCAAAAGUUUGUAACCUCCUCAUGUUCUGGAAGCAGGGCUUGACAUACGCGACGGUGUAUGGCGUAUUCUGGUUGUUUCAAGCCUAUUUUCUCUUUCAACCUGUCUACAGCGGUCCGGAGUCCGUUUAUUAUUUCAGGGAAGCGACGUUUGCCGAGGUCGUUGAACGCGGUGAUCCCCGUGUAACUUGGAUAGUCGCUUUCUACACAGUUUGGUCUCCUGCAUGCAACGCACUAGCACCCAUAUUCUCUGAGCUCUCGCAUUCCUACUCAGGUUUUUCAGGCCUACGGUUCGGUAAAGUAGACAUUACACGUUGCCCCGAUCUCGCGCGUCGCUUCGGCAUUGACGCCUCCACGUGGUCCAAACAGAUACCCACCAUUAUCGUCUUUCGUGGGGGAAAGGAAAUCGACCGGAGACCGGGCCUUAGCGUUAAGACCAAGAAGGUGUACAAAUUCAACUUUACUUGGGACAACAUUAUUUCUGCCUUUUCGCUUAACGAUCUAUAUGCUCACUGCAAAUCUCAAGACGCCCAGAUUAAGCGCUCGAAGGAGGGAUUGGAUAAGGAGAAGGCCAGAAUAGAAGAGAGUAAAAAAGAGAAGUGA